AUGAAGACAAUCGCAACCGCGUCAAUCUUGCGACCGGCCACCGUCAUCAGCAGCUGUCACCCGGCGCUGCUCCCCCUCGCCGCGCGGAGGAAUUAUGCGACGCCAGGAGGCUCUUCAUCUACCUCGAAACGGCGCUCGGUGACCCCCUUCAACGAUGAUGGACACGUGCCAUGGACUCAGCUGUCAGGGGCCGAGAAGACGGCCAGGGCAGCACAGCAGUCCUUCAACUUCGGCUUCAUCUUGGUCGGCGUCGGCCUGACCGGUGUCGUCGGCUACUUCCUCUUCACAGACGUCUUCUCGACCGAGAGCAAGACCACUUACUUCAACCGUGCCGUCGAUCGCAUCAGGAAGGACCAUCGGUGCCUCGAGCUCCUCGGAGAGGGCAAGAAGAUCAGGGCGCAUGGCGAAGAGACUCACAACAGGUGGGCGAGGUCACGGCCGAUCGCCUCGACGGAGAGGACGGACCCUCAAGGAAACCAUCAUCUCCUGAUGCACUUUUAUCUCGAGGGCCCCCUCAACAAAGGCUCGGCGCACAUACACCUGAUCAGGUAUGCCGGGCACAGUGAGCACGAGUACAAGUAUUUCUACGUCGACAUCAAAGGGCAACAGAGGAUAUACCUCGAGAAUGCCGAUGCCAAGUCGCGUGAAGACGGAGGCCGUAAAGGGACGAAGCUGUUUGGCAUCAAAUGGAGUUGA